AUGUCAGAUCAAAGUGAUGACGAAUUUUUCGACUCGAUAGACUAUUCAAAAAACUAUCUGGAAAUAAGUGAAAUCAAAAGGGACGAUACUUACACACCACUCACACCAGCUACUAGAGCAGUCUUCCAGCCUCAACCUCGACAAUUUUUUGAAGCUGGUCAUCAUAAAUUUGUAGAGUCGAAUCCAUUUGCACAGAGUUUCAUGACAAAUGAAAAUAAGGAAAACCACGAAUCAAAUUUAAGUCAAAUGGACAUGACCGAAUCAUUUCUGAAAGCUGUUCAAACUAUAGCCAAUACUAUCGACAAAAAAGAAAAACGUCCACGCCCAAGUUUUAAUGGACUAGAAUUUGAAAAUCCAAGCAACUUUAUCACAAAACUAGAGGAAUAUUUCAAUGAAAACAACACUUCUACUGAAGACAAAGUCGAAAUAGCAGCACAAUGCCUCAAAAAUCAAGCAUCCAAAUGGUUCCAAGUAUACAGAAACGCCAACUUAUCUUGGGAUAUGUUUAAAUCUCUCUUCCACGAGAAGUUCAAUAGUAUGCAAACAUUGGCCCAACUAACAUCACAGCUUUAUGGAUCACAUCAACAGCCAAAUGAACUUUGUAGCAUAUUCAUAUCAAGAAAACAAGGCUUAUUCUAUCGCCUUUUGCCAAAUAACCCAGAAAGCUUGCUAGUGAACAUGCUUAUAGAGCAAUUCCAGCCAGAUAUAAGAUCCAGAAUAAGAGGACUUACCUUCAAUACCAUUCAACAAUUAUCACAAACAGUAACAACAAUUGAAAAUGAUCUUUCACAAAUUCCAAAAUAUCAGAACCCAAAAUCUCAAUCAACCAACUCUAACAUGGCAAACCAAGACAGACAACAUCCGAGAAUGGAACGCAAUCUCAAUCAGUCACAGGCAAUAAAACCUCCAAGUCGAUGCAGAUAUUGCAAUGAAUGGCACUUUCAUAGCGAAUGUCCAGACAAUCCAAACAGAAGAAAUGUCAGACCUCUAGGAGAACAGCAGGGAAACUCCAAUGGGGAAGGUCGACCAACAGCACCUUCCCUUCAUCGUUCAAAUCAAUAA